AUGGGUACCAUUUACCCUCCUUUCCAACAACAACACCAUCCUCCCAAUGAUGGCAGCCAGCCUUACGACCCGAACAUGCAACUCAUGGCCCAGGACCCAUCGGGCUCGAAUUUAUACGGCACGCUUCCCCAGAGCCCUUGGGAGCAAUGGUGGUCUCCUGGGAACGCCGCCUUUGCCGAAGCAGCAAACAUGGCCGCCCCAAAUGCCUACGCGCAAGAGCACCAACAACACACCCAGUACGCCUACGAUCAAGACUCCUCGACGCAAUGGGUAUCCAAUUCAACCUCAAUUCACAGCUAUCCCGUCCCAACUCCUUCCACAGAGUCAACGAGCGUAGAGAAUGCGACCGGUGACUCCGAAAGCCGUCGAGGCUCUUUGUCAACCCAGCCCGACAAACGAAAACGUAAUGCGAGUCGAUCCGCAGCCCCCAAAGCUCCAAUACGCACAUCAACUCGAAUGACCAGUAAAUCAGAAACAGCCGCAAAGAAGCCCAAGGGACGCGGCAAAGGCAAAGGGAAAGGCAAAGCAGCAGCAAAGGUCCAAUCGACAAAGACAAGAUCGCCAUCUCCCGAAUCAGAAGAACUCGACGAGCACAGCAAAAAGGUCCAGGAGAGAAACCGCAUCGCCUCCAACAAAUUCCGCGUCAAGAAGCGUGAAGACGCUAAGAAACUUCGAGCCGACGAAAAAGACAUGGAGCGAGUAAACCGCGACUUGUCAAGCUGCGUGUCCGAACUCACGAUGCAGGUCUACGAACUCAAGAUGAGACUCUUACAACACACCGACUGCGAAUGCCACUUGAUUCAAAACUACAUUGCGAGUGAAGCGCAUCGAUAUAUCCAGGACCUGGGCGAGGGAAAACAGAACCACGCGACCCCGCCACUUUGUCCAUACAACCAGCACAAUUGA